UUUCAUCGUUUCGGCUUAAAAACAGUGCAGCUAUGCCUUGGUGAUGAAAAGAGGCAGCUCGCGGAAAUAAAGGCGGAGGGUGGGGAGCGCUCAGUGCAGAACGGAAACGCCUAAAACAAAAAUAUCCCGCGCGCACUGAGACGAGUUCAGUGCCAUCUGUCCAUCUGAAAGAAGUGCCUUCCUUCUGUUUGCGAAGAUGCCCAGAGGAUUUUUAGUCAAGAGAAACAGGAAAGCGACGCCCGUGUCGUACCGGAUCCGCGCGGAGCACGAGGAGGAACAGGAGCGCGAGCAGAUGCAGCGACCGAGCGAUGCGCCUCAAUCAGCAUCUGCAUCUGCAUCGUUAGCGUUAGCUGCAUCAGCACCGCCGCGCGCGGACAGUCUGAGCCACGCUCCCAAACCGGUGCGUUUCGGAAAUCCAGAGACGGUGUGCCAGUCGAUGUACAGCCCCACGCGCCCUGUGAGCCGAGAGCACGAGCGCGUGUCCCUCGAGCGCCGUUUCGACCUCGGCUCGCCCGUCUCGGCGGAGUCUUUCCCGACGCUCAACGGCUUCGAAGCUCAGCAGCACCUCGCGUGCGCUCCCGUGGACCUAAAGAUCGGCACGAGCGACAGCAACCGGAUCGCGAGCAAACGAGCAGCGCCUGAGCCCGAGCGCAAGAGCAAACCGGCGCCCAAGAAAACCAAAGCGAUCAGGAAGUUGCAGUUCGAGGACGAGGUCACGACCUCACCGGUUCUCGGGCUGAGGAUCAAAGAGGGUCCGGUUGAGCAGAAGCCGAGCGCGCGCUCCGGCGUGGACAAGCCGCUUGGUGAGUUCGUGUGCCGCCUGUGCGGGGAGGCGUACGCGGACCCCUUCGCCCUCGCGCAGCACAGGUGCUCGCGCAUCGUGCGCGUCGAGUACAGGUGCCCCGAGUGCGACAAGGCCUUCAGCUGCCCCGCCAAUCUAGCCUCGCACCGGCGCUGGCACAAACCCAAGCAGCUGAACGCGACGGCAAACGAUGGCACCGACAAGAAACCUCGCGCGCCGGACGACACGAAUAAGGACGUGCAAGGUGAGCUCGAGCGAGAGCGCGACACGCCCAGCCCCGGAGCCUCCGAGUCGGGUUCAGGCUCCGACUCAGACGGCAUGUACGAGUGCCAGCGCUGCGCGAGGAAGUUCAAACGCCAGGCUUAUUUGAAGAAGCACGUCCUGACACACCACGCUCCGCUGAGUGCAAGUCACGCGCCGUCACAGGAAACCGAGGCCAAACGGCUGGAGCAUGCGCAGGUGCCGGUGCAGGCGCCGCUGGACUUGAGCGCGUGUCCCGUGUGCGGGGAGACUUUCCCAAGUCGCGUGGCGCAGGAGAGGCACGUCCGCGUGCAGCACGCGUCUCACGUGUACCCGUGCAAGCACUGUCCAGCCGCUUUCUACAGCUCCCCUGCGCUCACGCGCCACAUCAACAAGUGCCACCCGUCAGAAAACAGGCAGGUGAUUCUGCUGCAGGUGCCCGUGCGGCCCGCCUGCUGAAGAGCCCGCGUGCCUUUAAACAUUACAGGAAAAACAAAAAAAAAGGAAGGAAAAAACUCGCGUGCAGAGGAAACAACACAGCUCUAGAGCCUCGCUCUUGAAAUCGACAUGAUCGUAGUUUAUCAGAAUGAAGUGCACAGCGAAAAUAGCAGGUGUUCAGUUAACACAGGCUGAAGUACAGUGCGGAAUUAACACACACACAGACACAGUGAACAUCUGAAGACUUUAUUUAACACUGUCACUUAAUCAUCAAGGUCUCGCGCAUGCUGACUCGUAAGAAAGUUACAAGGCUAGGGUUUUCUUAUGACGUCAUUCGUAUUAAAUGCUACGAAAUCGUCCGACUUGUGACUCACUGUGCAUGAGAACAGGGUCUGAUUAAUGCAGCAGUGUUAGUUACUACACCAGUGGCUCAGGUCACUGAGAGAUAACGAAACACUGCAGGGGGUCAUGGCCUGGGAGAAGGUGGAGAUUUCACUCAGCUGAACUAAAUUUGAGAUUUAACUCAACUAAACUUAUUUAUUUAUUUAUUUAUUUAUUUAUUCGACUCGUCAGAAGGGAAUUUUCUAUGAUACUAAACAGUAAAUCUACAAUGUAAAACCAACCAAGACAUGAAUGUGAGUGCAGUAAAAAGAAGAAAGUAUAUGAAAGCUACAACUCAAAACUAACUCAAAAAUCACAAUAAAACAGAUAAAUAAAUAACAAAAACAACCAAGAAACAGCUAAAAAUGCUUUCGGAUCCAAAUUAAACACUGAUUAGGAGAUUCGUAUUUUCUACAGUCUUAUUUCUGGCUGUGGAUUUCUUUUAUUUAUUUAUUUAUUUUUUAUCUCUUGGUAUCACUAAUUGACUCACAUCCAAAGUCUUUACAGUAGAAGGGUUAUAUUGUCAUAACCUUCAGGUUUGGCUUAUAGUAAACACAACUGAUCACAACAGGCAAUUUUUUUGUGUUGUGCGGUUGCAAAAAAAAAAAAAAAAAAAAAGUGAUUCGUCAUUUCAGAUUCCUCAACAGAGAAAGGUCAGGUAUAGUCGUAAACACGGGCAGUGAAACCUCGCCUGACACCCCGCCUCCCUCUCCUCACAACCGUCUCUGGUCAGUGUUGAUUCAACGCAAUGGUUUUCGCUGUGCGCUCUUAGACUGUUAAAUUAUUUUUCUAGAAUCUCUGCACAAGUUCUGUACUGUGUUAGCUCAUCUAGACCUAAGAAACUGAUAAUCCUGGCUGUGCCGUUACUGAAAAUGCCUUCUAAUUCACAGGAAUGGAAAUCUACCUAUAUGACUUUAGCUUUAAUCUAGCUUGUGGAUCUGUGGACUUUGGACUGUAGCUUUUGUUCUCAGACCUUAAUAAUAAUAAUAAUGAUAAUGAUAAAAGGGUUUUAGCCUUCUAGUGUAGCCAGAAAUGCCUUGAAAUAGCUCACACACAUUCUGCUGUAAAACUGCCUUAAUCGUGUAAAUGUGGGGUGACUGAAUGUCUUAUUUAUCCUUUAAAUGGUACGCUUCUUAUUUUUAUAUCAUUCCAAUGUGUGUGUACAUUCACACUGGCUUUAUUUAUCUAUGUAUUUAUUUAUUGCAAAUGUUUUAUUUAAAUUAUUUCAAUGUCCGAAUUAGGCUAGACACUUUGAAACGGCCAAAUGUUUAAUUUAAUUGAUUCAAUCAAUGCAACGAUAAGAAGGCAAAAAAGUAGCCUAGGGGUCACAAGACCGUUUUCCCACCAUUUUUAGGUAGCCUUACAAUAAUUAGCCUAUUCCCUAUAGGCCGAUUAGUUUUGGGGAAUCAUUCCGUCAGUGCUUGUGUGUUUCUGCAGUAUUGCUAUGUGUCCAAAUAACGAUGAUGACAAUAAAACAAAUCCAAAAAAACCUUAAACAGAAUUCACUCGAGUUGUAUUAUGGCUGCGGUGUCUGUGUGUGAAAUGGGGGGUGCUCUUAAAAUUAGGGUUGCAGAAGGGUUCUUUUUUCAUAGAAGAACCCUUUUUAAUUCACUGAAGAACCUAUUGAUGGCUUUUGUUUUUGUUCAUUCCACAAACAGUUAAAGAACCAUCCACUUAAUAAUAAUAAUAAUAAUAAUAAUAAUAAUAAUAAUAAAUGAUAUAUAAUGGAAAACGAUCAUCUUAUAUCGCUCUAGUGCUGAACUCUGAAGGUGUUGAUUAAUUUUCUAUAAUGGCAGCUCUGACAGUAGUGCCGACUCAAAUUCAAAUCACAGGUUUAUAUUAAUAUGCUUGUUUUAAUGCUACCAUUUCUAUAGCAACAUAAUCUAAGGCUAAUAACAAGUGGAUUUUAACAAAGUGUAUAAUCAUUGAUAUGGUGAAGCUUUCUUGAAGGAGAAGUUUAUUUAAGAGUCUCCAGUGUACAGUGUCUGUAUAUUUUCCACCAUGGGAGAGUCUUCAAGACAGCUUUCUGGUUAAAUGUAGCUAUAAAUGGCUAAAAAGCAAUGGUGUGUCAUUCAUUAAUAAAUGGAGAAGUGUGAUAGUUGGCAAAUUGUGGUACAAGAGGAAUAGCAUGCUCUGGCACAUGCUGUUAUUGGAAAAUAAUCAGCUUCAAGCUGGGUGAAAUUUAGCACCAGCACAACUGCUUUGGCUGUGUUGACCUCUAAAAAAUGAGAAAGAUCCAAAAUGGGGGAAAAGCUAAUUUUAGCACUGUGGAUGAGAUUUUAUAUAACACCUCACAAUCUGACCAUAAAUUAUUUUUAAAAACUAAAGGGAAAAUGGUAUCAUGGUAUCAGGCAUCAUGGUAUCCAGUGGAUUGGACAGUUGGAUUUGAUGCUAUAACUACUGUAUGUUUUAUUGUUCUGUUUUUCACUGCAUGUACUGUAUAUGGCUCACUAGCUUGCUAACAACCAAAUUAGACAGGCUGGAAAACAAAGAAAAUAAGCUCACAAACUUUUCACCUUAAUAACCCUCUUUGUCCUGCUCCAGAGUAGAAACAGAGACCACAAUACACUUCUCUGAUGUGACUAGCCAUGACUAAAAUGCUAAUUCCCUGCUAAACUGUGAAUCUUCCAGUCGGACUUUGAUCACAAGGAAAUGCUGCAUGUCUGUUACCUGUAUAAUGAGGAAUUGGUCAUCCUGCCCUGCUUUUAAGUCUCAUUAAAUGAAAGCAUCUUGAGAAUGAAUGAGAGUAAAUGCAAAUACCUAUAACUGCAAACUAAACUGCAUAAGAAAUAUUCCAUAAAAUUUUUCCUUAUUCAAGAUAUAUUCACUUGGUAAGAUAUGAUUUUUUGCAUUCUUUUUUUUUUCGCAUUUCAGAUAUUUUCGAAACAGCUGAGGUCACUUAUGGUGUUUUCUCCUUCCAUGUACUUGAACGUGUAUUCGAAAAACACACGUUACCUUAAACCGAGUCAUCUAGAAAGUGAUCUCGAGUGCGUGCAUGCAUGUGCACAUGGCUAUACGGUGUUAGCGAAAGCUCUCUGCAAGUCACACACCUGGGUAACACCUGCUUCACCCUGGCAACCAACUCCCAUGAUAGAGGAGCAACAGGAGCUGCACAACAAGACAGCAACACCCUGGUGUUCAAGCAGACCGAAAGCCUCCAGAUCUACUAUAAAAACACACACCACCAUCAAAAAAAUUUAAAAAAGAAAAACAGCCUGGAGAGGAGAGUGAGACAAUGUUUUAAUGGUUAACCUCACAUCAGAAUAACAAAAUCUUACAUUUGCAAGUUUUAGCAAUUUUCUUGAUUCUUGUUUGUAGGGGUAGAGUUAUGGGCGGGGUUUACAGUCAAACCUUUUCUUAUGACUUUAC